AUGUCUCAAUCCGAGGAAAGGCCCCUCCAUCAAGUGGAAUACAAGAUAGAUCAUUCUAUACCUUUGAAUGAUGCUAGGAAUGUACCUUCGAUGUUCAAUUUCAUGAUUCAGCAUUUGGAUCUAACAAGUUACUUGUCGUCUUCCCCAACUCCAACGACAACGACAACGCUCACGGCCAAUACAAGUUCAAAUUCAAGUUCAAGUCUAUUGACACUUCAAAGAACGUCUAAAUCCUUCUUUAACAUAAUAACACCUUUAAUCUAUAGAGACUUGAUAAUCGAUCUGAAAGAUGCCAAGAAUCCAACAAGUAUCUCACCAUUUCAUUUUUAUCCAAACCCCCAACCAAAGUUGUCCGAAUGGAAAUCGAGGUGUUUCGCAUAUACAGAGAAUAUCGAGUUUGUAGGUUCUCACGCAUUUGAAUGUGAGGUUUUUCAAGAUUGUCAGUUAGUAUUACCCAGAUUGAGAAAAGUUAGAAUCACUUUACCGAGUGGUAGAUAUAAGUCAUUUUGUGGGAAAGAUUCUCUCUUAUCUUUAUCAUCUCCUCGAUGUACAAGAGACGUAGCAAAAGGAAGAUCAAAAGAAGAUGGAUUGAAAUGCCCUUUAUUACAAAGUCUCAAGAUGGAUAAACUCAUAGUGGAAGUAGAUCGUCUAGAUAGGAUCAACCUAUUUGCCAGGAGAGAUUGGUUCGAUAAUGAUGAAUUGAUCAUUAGGAUAGGAAGAGUAGGUGAAGAUUACAUGAUCCAUAGCGAGGAAGAAUGGCCUGUGUUCGAAGAACAGGAAGAGGAAGAAGGAGAGGAAGCAGCGGCUGGUGUGUAUCCGAAAGGGAAAAGUAUAGACCAAGGAAAAGAGAGAUACAAGGGCAAUUUUACGCGAAAUGUCAAAAUCAAUUCAACCUCAUCUCAAGAUAGUACUAUCAAAUACUCCAACAGACUCAACUUGAUCCCUUCAUUGGAUACUCAUAAUACAACUCCAAAUUUGACGAUCAUAUUUCUCUCACUACCUUCACAGCCAACUUCCAAACCACUCUCAUCAGAAGAUAUACGUUCGGAUCAUCAAAGAAUCAAUCAUCAUUUAUUCUCUUUGGCCAAUAUACUUUCUUUUGAAGGAUGGCAAAAAAUCGUAUUGGUGAACAGUGGUGUAUUGAUGUUUCAUAAAUACGGUAUAAGACGGGAUAUAAUUGAAUUGAGAAAAAUGCAAUUAGAAAUCAAAGAUAUAUUACUUACAAUCAUGAUAAGAUAUCUUGGACUGAAGGAUUUUCAAGUGAAGAAUACAAUGGACAAAAUCGAAUUUACAUUGUUGGAUGAUUAUCUGAAUCAAGAAAGGGAAAGAGAAGAUGAAGUUAGGAUUAAAGCUAAAUCGGGUGAAAAAAGUAGAAAGUUAUUGUAUUGA